GCGCGGACCCGCCGCCUCGCGGCCCCCGCGCUCAGCCUCCCCGGCGCCCCGACAAGUGGGGAUCCGCACGGAAAGUCGGCGGCGGAGCGGCGGACUGGGCAUGCUCAGAAGCCAGGGCUGGCUGGCUCUGGGCUCGAGUAGGAAGCGUCUGCACUCGGGAGGCGGCGGCGACUUUGGGGAAAGUUGACCGGAGCGGGGAGCGAGCCCCCGGGCGCGCGGCAGCGGCAGGAAGGCGGCCCGGCGGCCCGGCGGAGCAUGGGCACCCUGCGGGAUUUGCAGUACGCGCUCCAGGAGAAGAUCGAGGAGCUGAGGCAGCGGGAUGCGCUCAUCGACGAGCUGGAGCUGGAGUUGGACCAGAAGGACGAACUGAUCCAGAAGCUGCAGAACGAGCUGGACAAGUACCGCUCGGUGAUCCGGCCGGCCACCCAGCAGGCGCAGAAGCAGAGCGCCGGCACGCUGCAGGGCGAGCCGCGCACCAAGCGCCAGGCGAUCUCCGCCGAGCCCACCGCCUUCGACCUGCAGGACCUCAGCCACGUGACCCUGCCUUUCUACCCCAAGAGCCCACAGUCCAAGGAUCUCAUAAAGGAAGCUAUCCUUGACAAUGACUUUAUGAAGAACUUGGAGCUGUCGCAGAUCCAGGAGAUUGUGGAUUGUAUGUACCCAGUGGAAUAUGGCAAAGACAGCUGCAUCAUCAAAGAAGGAGACGUGGGGUCACUGGUGUAUGUCAUGGAAGAUGGUAAGGUGGAAGUCACCAAAGAAGGUGUGAAGCUGUGCACCAUGGGUCCAGGAAAGGUGUUCGGAGAGUUGGCAAUUCUUUACAACUGUACCCGGACAGCUACCGUCAAGACUCUUGUGAAUGUGAAACUCUGGGCCAUCGAUCGACAAUGUUUUCAAACAAUCAUGAUGAGGACAGGACUCAUCAAACACACCGAGUAUAUGGAAUUUUUAAAAAGUGUCCCAACGUUCCAGAGCCUUCCUGAAGAGAUCCUCAGUAAGCUUGCCGAUGUCCUUGAAGAGACCCACUAUGAGAAUGGGGAGUAUAUCAUCAGGCAAGGUGCCAGAGGGGACACGUUCUUCAUCAUCAGCAAAGGCACGGUAAAUGUCACUCGGGAAGACUCACCAAGUGAAGACCCGGUCUUUCUUAGAACUUUAGGGAAAGGAGACUGGUUUGGAGAGAAGGCCUUGCAAGGGGAGGAUGUGAGGACAGCCAACGUAAUCGCUGCAGAGGCUGUGACCUGCCUGGUCAUCGACAGAGACUCUUUCAAGCAUUUGAUUGGAGGACUGGAUGACGUGUCUAAUAAAGCCUAUGAGGACGCAGAAGCUAAAGCAAAAUACGAAGCCGAAGCCGCUUUCUUCGCCAACCUGAAGCUGUCUGACUUCAACAUCAUCGACACCCUUGGAGUCGGGGGCUUCGGACGAGUGGAGCUGGUCCAGCUGAAAAGCGAGGAGUCCAAGACGUUUGCCAUGAAGAUUCUCAAGAAACGCCACAUCGUGGACACCAGACAACAGGAGCACAUUCGCUCGGAGAAGCAGAUCAUGCAGGGGGCUCAUUCCGACUUCAUAGUGAGACUGUACAGGACAUUCAAGGACAGCAAAUAUUUGUAUAUGUUGAUGGAAGUGUGCCUAGGUGGAGAGCUCUGGACCAUUCUCAGGGAUAGAGGUUCGUUUGAAGAUUCUACGACCAGAUUCUACACCGCGUGUGUGGUGGAAGCCUUUGCCUAUCUGCAUUCCAAAGGAAUCAUUUACAGGGACCUCAAGCCAGAAAAUCUCAUCCUGGAUCACCGAGGCUACACCAAACUGGUUGAUUUUGGCUUUGCAAAGAAAAUAGGAUUUGGAAAGAAAACAUGGACUUUUUGUGGGACUCCAGAGUACGUGGCUCCAGAGAUCAUCCUGAACAAAGGCCAUGACAUUUCAGCCGACUACUGGUCACUGGGAAUCCUAAUGUAUGAACUUCUGACUGGCAGCCCGCCAUUCUCAGGCCCAGACCCUAUGAAAACCUAUAACAUCAUACUGAGGGGGAUUGACAUGAUAGAAUUUCCAAAGAAGAUUGUCAAAAAUGCUGCUAAUUUAAUUAAAAAACUAUGCAGGGAUAACCCAUCGGAAAGACUAGGGAAUUUGAAAAAUGGCGUCAAAGACAUUCAAAAGCACAAAUGGUUUGAGGGCUUUAACUGGGAAGGCUUAAGAAAAGGCACCUUGACACCUCCUAUAAUACCAAGCGUUGCAUCACCCACAGACACAAGCAAUUUUGACAGUUUCCCUGAGGACAGUGAUGAACCACCACCUGAUGACAACUCGGGCUGGGACAUAGACUUCUAAUGUGUUUCUCUUACCUGCUUCUGCCUUGCUGAAGUCAGCUUUCUCUGAGACACGGCUGACAGCAAACCUGAGGGACGGAGAGAAGAUCAGUGCUCGGGGUCACCAUGAUGCCUUUGAUCGAUGCUGCUCCAGUAACUACAGUGGCAUGAGGACUUCUUGCUUAGACGACAGUAGCGCUCUUUACGUGUUUUCUGUUUGAUCCUAAAAAUAGCAGUUGACAUGGUGGUCCUGAAGCAAAGCCCUUCGCCAGUAAAGAGAGGCUUCCUGUCGUUGCAAUGAUCUUGCUUUGCUCGGACUGUAAUUUGAAAGACUGUAAGAAAUACUUCGACCUAGAAAAAGAGUCCGUACCUUGCUAGAAUGGCCAAGAUCAAAAAUUAACGUAUGGGGUACGAUCGGUUGCCGUGGUACCAAAACGGGGCUCUUCCUUUCCUUCAAGGGAGGCCGUGGGAUCUAUUAGCGCAAGCCAGUGUCUAUACCAUACGGAAGAGGGCCACGCGUCUAUGGGUCACGGCGUUCAUGUCAAACCAGUGCUAGAAGUUUCCUGAUUUUGUUUCCCAACAGUGCUGAUGACGAGGCUGAAUGUUACCUUUCCUUUCUGACAGAUUUUAAAAAUUGAUACAAUCAAAGCACAACUGCUAUGAAGCCUCACGGCGGGUAUAUAUGCGUUUUCACGGAAGAUUGAAAAAAAAAAAAAAACAACCUGCAUGACAUUUGUUUGUUUCUUUUCUUGAUAAAUUGGCAUGACAGAGUGGAAAAAAAAAAAAAGCAAUUCACAAACCAUUUCAUAUCGUUUCAAAUAUCGUGCUUCAAGAUGGUCCUGGAAAUCAGUGACUAGCAGCCAAUUGAUUUUUCUUUAUUACCUAACAUACUCUCAGACUGAGGCUUAAAAUAGUCCCUUUUAUAAAAAUCAACCCUUGGGGUGGGGGGGGGGGUGGAGAGGGAUGAAGAUCCGUCCAAAAAUAAAAAUAAACUAUAUAGGUGCUAUGUAUAUCUUUCAUCUGUAAAUGUCCGUGUCUGAGCAGACAACACAAAUUCUAAUCAUCACCUGUGUAGCCAGAGACUCAAGCAUUUUCACUACAUUUACCAAUGAAACUCCCGUCAGAUUUCACUUACACAACAUAGUCUAGGGUUGAGGGGAAAGGUGAUUAAAACCCAUUCAACUGGCUUCUUGUCUUAGGCCUGAACCAAAAAGAAGAAGAAGGAAGCACAGAAUCAUCAAGAUUUACCAGAUGAGGGACCUUCCUUAUGCGAGGUCAGGGAACAGGACAGGACCUGGCCAGGUGUUGAUUCCCUUUUUGUGGAUGAGCCGAUGUGAGUUCAUGCAUGCGUGAGAGUAGAGGAGAACACAGGACCCUGAUUUCUUAAGCAGGAGUUUUCAUUAAGUAGGACGGAAGUAUUGCAAUCCUGAAACGUAUCUGAAAAUACCAGACUGAUUUGCUUUUUCACGAGGGGAGAAGAAUCAGCAGUUUAAAGUGAAUCCUCUGUUGGCAGGCAAGUUGACUACUCUGGGCUGUUCUAAGUAGCAGAGACAUUUGGAAGCUUUUCCUGGACGAGUAGCGUUAAACCUGCGUAGACAAACGCAUAAUCUUACAAGCUGUCAUCCUGAUUUAGAGCUGUGUGUGAAUUUGGUACAUCAAAUUGAAGUUUGCCUUGUUCCAGGAGAGGAUUUUCUUUUUUUUAAAGUCAAUCAAACGUAGACGGUUCUGCAAAAAACGUGUCCACGUCGGUCAUUGAUUUUUUUCAUACUAAGACUACUUUAGAAUAGGAUAUCAACACGUAAUCUAAAAAAAAAACAUUUGGGGAAUAAAAAUUCUAAGGGCAUAUUAAACAUAAUCAGAGCAAAGUUAAACUUUUAAAUUAAAACUUUGACCCCCAAGAUGUUACGGUUACUCCUGUGUUUUUCUGGCCUUUGCAAACAAUUGCCUAAGAUCAAUUUAUUCCCCAAGAUACCCACUUUCUUCUACAGAUUUCAGAAUAUAAAAUGUACCCAGCUAAAAUCCAGCUGUGAGUGCUAUUUCAGAAUUUUUAUAUUGCUUUUAACUGGGCUCGUAAAAGUACAUAAUUUCAAUAUCAUGGUCAAUGUUCAGUGAGUUUUGUUAAAAGAGUGCUUUAGGCAUGCUAACGAUUUGCUAGAUACUAAGUUUAUCUCAUCGUUAUUUAAGAGAAUCUGCUCCUGCAGUUUUCCAAAUGCCCCAGUAACCCCAGAGGUUAGCCCUUACCGUGGAUGUUGAAACUAUGGUUCAAGUCUAAGACAACAACGUACAGGUUCUCUGAGGAAUGAAGAGAACAUUCAGCUCAAUGGCACUGUCGGCCGUCUCUCCCACCUGUCGCUCUAUCUUCGUUCAUGUCACCUGUGGCGCUGCAUUAGGAUGUCUAAAGCAAUCACUAGCAAACAAAGGUGAACAUCUUCCAAAAAUUGCUAACAGUCAUCUAAUCUUAGGCAUUGAAAUAUAAGGAUUUAAAUCCUGUCCUAAGACACUAGGGCUAAAAUUCACGGUCAGCUCCGUAAAGCGCAUCUCACUUCAUUUCCGAAUUUUUCAUACCCCUCCAUGUUCUUACACUGGAGAACAACAUCUGGCUAAGUUAGAAUAGUGCCAACUCGUGUGAUUUGUUAACUGACUUUCUUGUUAAUACUUUGAGUCUGGGAAAUAAGGGCUUUCUGUGCAUCCUGACGCACAGGAAAACUGAAAACUGCCAAAGGAAAGGGACAUCCCGAUAUUUGAGAUACACUGAAUACAUUAGAGAAAAUGAUUUCUGGAAAUUUCCUAUCAAUGAUUUUCAUGUUUGUACCUUCUUUGUUACUCACAUAUGAAUCAGAUCCAUGUGGCAUUGAAAACAAAUUUAUUUUGAUGAUAUUCUUUACAAGUCACGUUUCUUACUUAAAAUUAUGGGAUUUGCAUGUGAACCACACAUGUGUAACACAUGAGUUCAGCUAUUGAAUUUUUCUGGUUUCAUUUCUAAAGGACUGAGCUAAUGGCGAGCUUAGAGAAGUCAGCUACCACACUGAAAAUAAGGAAAUUAGAACGGAUUCAUACAGUAGAGGUGAUCUGUGCAUUAUCCAUAACGAUGUUUUCUUUCACAAUAGGACCACAGACAAAUAUUUAUGUAAAUAGAUAUUUUUGUGUGAUAUUUUGUGGUACAUAUACCUUUUUUUAGUGUUUCACAGCAUUAUUAUUUCAUCUUCUUUGUACUGAAUAAUGUUUUUAGGUCCAAGUAGACUUGAAUUAAUGUCAUAAUUGUCAGUAUUAUUGAAAAUUACGUCCACUGUAUGGUUUCAUCUGUUCCAUAGUUUAGGACAUGACCUGGCUAUCUGGCAUUGUUGCAAGUGCCUUAAAUUCCUGGCAUCCUAUUAAAAAACAAAUUUGGUGUUAUGCUGCAUGAGAAAGACAAAUCCACCUCAAAAUGUUGUCCUUUCUUAGCUUGCUGCGUUUUACAGUUCUUUCUGCUAACAAUUUCUAAGCCUUUAUUAUAUAAUAUUGAUGAAUUACAGAAAUGAUGAAGUUGUUCUCUAAUUUCUGUUACAUGUACCAGAGCCGUGUAUCUGUUACUGAGAUACAGCGUCAUUUCUGUGAAAUGUAUAAAUGUAUGUGCAGGUCAAAUUAAUCUAUGACAUACUAUCAGUCUGUACACAGGUAUUCCUGUUUUGCUAAGCUGUGCAGAUCCAGUUAAAAAAAAAAUUAGUGCAGUCAAGUUCUAAUGCCUCAUUUUAUAGACUCCAUUCGUAACGACCCAACUCAAAAGAAGAAUCAGCAAGUGACACGUCGUUAUGAAACCAAUGAGGAAAACGUACCUUAGCGCACUCCUCAACAAAACAGGAUGCUUUCUGAGUUCUUGUAUAUGCAAAUCACGUAGGAGGCAAGUUUGCAACAGACCUGGGAAGGUAAACAUUGGAAGCGUGUUGUUAGCCCUCCUCCUUAUCUGCCCCUGAAUUAACAGAACUCUGGGACCCUGACAGUGACUCAGAGGUCUGGGCUUUCCGAGGAAAGGGACAUUUCUUUAGGCAUCAUCUGUCCACUUUAUUUCCUUGUAUGAUGUUUUUACAAUUGGUCUGUUCUUUUGUAUUCUUACAGCUAUGGUUAUUUGAUUGUCCUCUUACAAUUUGUUCCACAUGAAAGAGUCCUUUGUUAGUCAGAAUGCAACCACUGUCAUCAAAUGGUCAGUGACCACUUGCACUCUUUUGAUGUAGAUUAAAAACUUUUUCAUAAAAUUAACCUGCUUUGAUUUGCUCUGUAUUUUUCCUGCAGCUGUAGUUGCUGAGUGCCUGUUGUAUACUUUAUAGAGUUGAAAUAAAAAAAAAAUAAUUACUUUUGAA